AUGUCCGGUGGAGCGUCCUCCCGGGGUGCUGCCAAAAGGCUCUUGAAAGAAUUGGAGAGGUGGUCAGAGGAAUCCAAGGAGGAAACGGGCAUCGAGCGCCUUGGGCCCCCAAAUGACGAGGACCUGCUCACCUGGGAGGCCGUCAUCAAUGGCAAGGGUAUAGGUGGUGGUUAUGACGGUUGGUCCCCCUUCGCGCGCAUCCCGCCCCCUCCCCCACUAGUGCCCUGCUCUGACUCGGGAAUCUUCUCCUUGGUACGAACAAAAGAGGGCCGGUGGCUUCUCAACAUCGAGAUACCCUCAUCUUAUCCUAUAGAACCUCCCAAGGUCGAAUUCGUCACCCCCGUGGUCCACCCAAACGUCGCCCUCACUACGGGCGAGAUCUGCCUCGAUCUGCUCAAGACGGCGUGGACGCCAGCUUACAGCAUACUCGAAGUUGUACGUGCGAUCCGCAUGCUCCUCUCAUGCCCGGAAACGGACAGUCCCCUCAACGUUGAUGUCGCGGCGCUGCUGAGGGGCGGUGACGCCGUAGGCGGCAAGGCCCUCGUGGAGCUUUGGUGUAAGGGCGAGGAGGGCAGGUAUGAUGGCCCUUGA